UACUAAAUGCUAUUCUUCUUUUCUAAAUUCAUUUAAGACUAAAUUAAGAGGACUGAUUUCAGUGUUGUGUAAUAAGUGCAUAUGAAUAUAGUAAUAAUAGGCCGAUAGCUCAGAUUAUUGCCAUAAAAUUAAAAAAAUAUAUUUUAUCUACCUAUGUGAUAGACAUUAGAUUUGGAUAUUAUGUCAAUGACAUGUCAAUCAAUCUCAUCAGUCAUCUGUGUGUGUAUAUUAAAGAAGACAAUUUUAUUAUGAUACGAUCAGGCUUAAUUUUAUUUCAAGACUUAAGUUUUUCAAGAAUGUGUUUUUUGGUAAACUGUCUUAAACGAUUCAAGAGUUCACAGCAAUGGUUGAGUCGCCAAAAAACAGACCCAUAUGUUGAAAAAGCAAAGAUGUAUAACUACAGAUGUCGCAGUGCCUUUAAACUUUUGGAAAUGAAUGAAAAGACUAAUAUCCUUCAACCUGGACUCACUGUUGUUGAUUUGGGAGCUUCUCCAGGCUCUUGGACUCAAGUGGCAGUUCAAAAAACAAAUGCUGAUGCAGCUGAUUCUACAAAACCAAAAGGAACUGUACUAGCUAUAGACAAGUUACAAAUUUUUCCCAUUGAGGGUGCAACAAUCAUGAGUAAUAUGGACUUUUCCACUAUUGAAGCUCACGAGAAAGUCAUUAAAGCCUUAGGUGGAAGGCAAGUUGAUAUUGUUCUUUCUGAUAUGGCUCCAAGUGCAACUGGUAUCAGAGAAUUAGAUAAAGACAGGAUUCUUGGACUUUGCUAUAUGGCAAUAAGAUUUGCUGCUUUAGUUAGUAAGAUUGAUGCAAACUUGCUAUUUAAGGUGUGGGAUGGGAAGGAGGUUCCUAUCUUAGAAAUGGAUUUAGAGAGAUUCUAUAAAAGCAUAAAGAUAUUAAAACCAAAAGCCAGUAGAUCUGAUUCUUCUGAGAAAUUUAUUUUAGCAAAGGGUUUCAAGGGAAUACAAAGACCUUUAGAGAAUGGGAGGUGGGGAUAAUAAAUUUUUUUGAUGGCAAACAUAAUAACUUGUAUAUGCUUUUUUAAAACUUUGAUACCUAGGUGUGUCCAAAAUUUUAUUAUCAAAUAACUGUUACUUAUAAUAAUGAAUAAUAAUAUGUAUAAAUUGUAUAGAUUUCUUCUUUUGAUACAUACAUCUGUUAUGUAGUUAUAAAUGAUAUUAGUGCAAUUCGUCAGCUCAAGCAUUAUCUACCUGAGGGUAAUUAGAAGUUAAUUUUAGAUUAGUAUAAAGUUAUAUUGAAUCUUAAAAUUAAGAAUCAAUGUCUUCCCUAGUAUCAUUGACAAUUUAGUAAAGUAAGUAGAAAAUAUAGGUAGGUGUAAUUUUUAAUAAACAAAUAAAGACAGUUUUUUUUAUAUAUUUUUAUCAAUGAAAAAGUUUAUAGUCUUCAAUUAUUUAUUUGAACUGUUAGCAUGAUUCUGACAUAAUGCUCAUAUAAUAUGCUAAUUUUAACAAACAUUUCAAAUAUUCAUUGUGUUACUAAUGAAAAUGAGAUAAUUAUAAAAAUAAUGAUCCAUUGAUAACUAAACUUAUACGGGCAAAUCUAUUAUUCAAGGUAAAUGUAAUUUAGGCGAAGUUCUACUAAUUAUUGUUAUUUUAAAAAUUAUCCCUUUCCAUAGCAUCACAAUGAAAUUAAAUCAUUGUAUACGUAAAAAAAAUAUAUUUUACUGUUGAAA